UCGCGCAGUCGGACAUUGAAAUACGCGAGUCAAAUAAAAUUUUGUUGGUUCCCUGACUUCCCUGAUAGAGCGUAUCGCGUAAUCGUCGCAUAAUAAUUCUUCGCCGAAUUUAUCGCGAGUUCAAUUUGUUCAAUUUCAACGAGGUAAAAUCGAUUAUUAUCGACAUCACAAAUUCGUUUAUUAAUAAAUUUUACUGCCACUCGCUUUAUUACUAUUAAUUAAUCUGGAAAUGUCAAUUUGAAAGAGAUUUGUUUUUGAUGAUUACAUUAUGAUAACAGUGAUAUGAUUAUAUUAUGGAGGAUAUGAGAGCACGCUCGCUUUUUUUUUUCAACCCCUCGCUGUCCUGUUCGGUACGAAACUUGCUCGUGCAACUUCGUACUCUCGUUCUAAUGCUUUGGCGAACUGCUUCGCCAAUUCUACUCAUUAACUGUGUUGCACCGCCUGCAACAAAGUGCGCGCUUAAAUUACUCCUCGCGAGUAUCAGCCGUCAACAACAAGAACUUGGCUCGUUAAUGUGGUUGGAAACGACGUAGACCAAGUUCCAAGUUCUGCAACAUCCUUAUUACGGAUUAAGUAACGCUUCGUGGAUGCACUCGACUUUGGACGAACGGUAUUGUGCAAUGAGGUGCAUGCCUACGGCAGUAGCAAGACGAAGUUAUGGGAUCCGUUUCGCUCGAUCCUCGAUCAAUGGAGAACGACCAAGAGCGAAUUCUGCUGGAUAGAAGUUCGUCUACCGCGCGACCAUCAAAACAAAAUCCGGACCAGUCAACUUCCAUCUCUCGAUGCCAAAGUGAAUUUUGGAGUUCGUUGCAACAGGCCACGUCCAAUAAUAGCACGAGAGACGGCAACGAGCUUGCGAAGGAAGAAUCUAGCGAGCAUCUCGAAACUUUAAAAUUCGCAUUUCAAUCCAAGAAGGUCAAGGCUCGCGGAGGAAGAAAAGCAAACGCCAGCAAGCGUAGAGUCACGUUCGCUGAUCAUUAAACUCGUUCGCGCGACGAGCAUUGCGUUAUAUCACAUUAAAAACUGCGGCGAGUGCAAAUAUUAUAUUACACAUAUUCGACCGACGUCUGAUCAGAUUUUUCCGCAUAAUAAGAUUUUUCAAUUUUUCAAAGGCGCGAAUACGCAAUGAUGCGGUUUUUCGUCAGAAAAUUCUGUAACCGAUAUUUUCCAAUGAUAAUCGGCUCGCAGCCGAUCAUUGAAAAAAUAAUAUAAAAUUAUC